CAAACCACCACCCAAAAAAAAGCAACAAAUGAGUGUCCAGAUAGUUCUACCGACCUAUCUGAAUGAGGAAUUGGCACAAAUAGAUGUUGUGGACCGAUUUUUAUCUCGAUUGGAAGCGUCGACAAGCAGAUCAGUUGUAUUUUUUGACGAGUCUAUAACGGGGUAUGUGUACCAUCAAGGUGAUUCGCCCACGUCAUUCUCGGUCUUUUUGGACGUCUCUAUAUAUCCUGGAGAUGAGAGGGGAGAACCUGGAUACAAGAAUGGGUUUGAAUCAGUAGAUACAAACUUGGAAUACAAUUCGAGUAUCCAUAACAUUUUUAACUCCACUCUAACCGACAAGGACAUAGUCUUUUCUGGUCAUAGUGAGAGCAGGGGAACCCAUUGUAAAGUUUGGAAGUUCACACUUCCGGUAUUCUAUCCGCGUAAGAAGUUUGAUAACCCCAAGGUGAAAAUUUCGUGUUAUUUGAACGAAGAACAUCCAGAGGCUUCCAAUAAACAUGGAGAAGACCACCCUGAAGUAGACGGUAUGUUAUCUGCACCAGAGAUUCUCCCUAAUUUUGCAUAUGCAACAAAGCAUAAUAUUUUACAGGAACUCAAUAAUAAUGUCAAGGUUACCGACCAGAAAUCAACGUAUCAAAAAUUUGAGUUAAAUGAUAACGUUGAGACAAAAAAUCAAGACUCAGGAUAUGGGAAAGUGAUCGAGGAAGACACAGAGACACCAUCAAUCCCUCGCGUGGCCGAGCCCGUGGUACCAAUCCAUACACACUUGAGCUGUCUGAUAUUUUUACCGAUCACCGUUUCACUUGUCAUUAAGUUAAAGUCCACGAAACCCGCCGGUCGGAAUAACAUUCUUCUUUCAACCCUUAAUAUCGAGGCUUCAGAAGAUUUACAAAAAGUGUGUUCAUACGAUAAUGAUGUUUAUUUCGACAUUCUUAACCUCACCGUGGGAUUCAAAUCGGGUGAAAUACAAGCAUUGAAUCCUCAAAGUACAUCGCAAUUUCCUGUUCGGUUCAAGGGAAAUGAUUCUCUCAAUCUUACCUACAGACUAAUUAAUAAUGACUUUUUAGAGAAAGACUUACGACAAACAGAUAAUGCCAUUGUUUCUGCGUCAAAAGUUGUGAAUAUUCAUCUCACACUUCAAGUUUUGAAAAAGAUAGGUACCGAUAAAUUUGAAAAAAUCAGUAACAAUAUCACUACAUCAUGGAAUCCGCAUUUAGACUUUAGCAUUAUAGCUCCACCAAUCAACAACUCUUUAAAGACUACUACGAUUGGUGGCGGUGGUGGCACUUCAACACCACAAUCUGGAAUGGCAAUGGGCGCAGCCGGUGGUCAAAUGUCGAGAACAAAUGUACGUAAGACGGCAUUAUUGAAUGUACAUAAGCAAAAAGCUGCUAGUAAUACCGAUGUUCUUCUGGGUUAUUCAGGGAGCACGACCAAUGGUAAUGGGAAUUCAUCCUCCCCAGCUAUAAAUGCAUCUAAACUUCAUACUUCGGCUUCUUCAGUGACCGUUAAUCUAACCAAUGCAUCAUCAGCUCUUUCAGGGUUGAAACUCACUUUUAAGGGAAACCUAAGUAUUAGGCUUGGAGAAGUGACAACUUGGAAACUCCAAGCUAUCAACAGUUCAUCUUCAGUGUUAAACCUUACUAUAUUGGUACAACCGCCAAUGCCCACUAAUCAACCAGUUAAUCAAGGUACAAACUAUUCCAGUAGUAAUCUUUUAGAAUCCAAGUUUAAUAACAGUAAUAAUGGAAUACUGUCGCCAAAGAAGCCUAUUGUAUAUGGGCCAAACCUGCUUUAUUCGAUUUACAACUCUCUCAAUGUUGUGAGUCGUGGUGCCGUGAUACUAAACAAUGAUAUCCGGUUGGGACCGCUUGAAACGAAUAGUGUGUUUGAAACUGAGAUCGAACUUAUUGGAGUAACUAGAGGAGUUCAUAACCUUGACGGUAUAAAAAUAUUUGAUGCGAAUACAGGUGAUGGUUUAGAUUUUGGGAAAUUGGUUGAAGUUUUUGUUGUAUAGUUAAUAAAAGCAUU